AUGCCCGUUCAUCAUCAUCACCACCAGCACCACGUGUCGUUUCAGAAGAUCAGUGAGUAGAGGUUCCAUCCUUUAAGACGUUGUUUUGGGUUUAUGAUAAACCGUUUAUCUUCUUCUUUUGCCGUCUGUUUCAAUAGUUGUAAAAGAACCCGCAGCUUUUGUCUUUUUCCGCAGAGUUUCGAAGAUCAAAAAAAGUUUUUAUCAGUGAGCCCGAAAGUGUUUGCCAACACAACAAGAUAGUUUAAUCAGUAAUAUAAUAUAGUUGCCUUUCCACGAGGUGUCUGUUAUCUUUGGAAAGUGUCAAUCAAAGAUCACCAAAGAGGAACUUGAAUUAUUGGGAAAGCAAUUGAGCGACAAUACCACUUUUUGCAGAGAAGAUCUUCUCGAAGCACUCGUCGCACGACAAGAAACUGACUCGUGAUGAGGCCCGUUCGGCUCUUCAUGACAUAGAGCACCUGGCCAAGGAGCUUCACUUCAAGACGGUCUUCGAGCAGCACGCUCACGACGGACACAUCUCUUUGAAGGGUAAUUUCACGGGGAAGCGUGCUUGUUUAACAUUUAUCUUUUUUUAAGGAUUCCUCAGCUUCAUCGCGCCACAUCAUGGCCAUCACGGAGCUCACCACAAGCCAGGACAACACGAAGUGCAUCAUCAUCAUCAUCAUGUGGCUGCCAAGGAUUCGAGCUCCAGCUCUUCCUCGAGCAGCUCCAGCUCCAGCUCUUCUUCAUCUUCUUCAUCGUCGUCGUCGUCGUCUUCUGAAUCGGAAGAUGAGAAGCACAAGAAGAAGCACCAUAAGAAACACGCCAAGAAGAGCCACAAGAAGGUGGAGAGCUCUUCCUCGAGUUCCUCUUCUUCCUCGUCAAGCUCCAGCUCUUCGAGCUCUUCGUCUUCGUCCUCGUCGGAAUCUGAAGAUGAGAAGAAGAAGAAGCAUGUGAAGAAGACCAAGAAGCACCAUAAGAAGGUGGAGAGCUCUUCCUCGAGUUCCUCUUCUUCCUCGUCAAGCUCCAGCUCUUCGAGCUCUUCGUCUUCGUCCUCGUCGGAAUCUGAAGAUGAGAAGAAGAAGAAGAAGCAUGUGAAGAAGACCAAGAAGCACCAUAAGAAGGCUGCAAGCUCUAGCUCCAGCUCCUCCAGCUCCUCCAGCUCAUCCGACUCGGAAUCAGAGGAAGAGAAGAAGCCACGUCACAAGAAGCAUCACAAGAAAGUUGAGAGCUCCAGCUCGUCUUCCUCUAGCUCCAGCUCCUCUUCGUCUUCCGAGUCGGAGGAUAAGAAGAAGCAUCACGGACACCAGAAUGAGCACAAGGAGCAUCACCACGCUCUAGCCCACCAUGGAGAACACCAUCAAGGACAUCAUGCUGAGCACAAGGAGCAUCAUCAUGCCCCGCAUCAUGAGCACGGAGCUCACCAUGAGCAUGGCCACCACGGAGAACACCAUCAUGCCCCGCAUCACGGACAUCAUGGAGAGCACGGAGACCAUCAUACAGCGCAUCAUGGAACCCACCACGGAGAACACAAGGAGCAUCAUCAUGGCCAUCACGGAGACGCCCAUCAUGCGCCGCACCACGAGCACGGACACCAUGGAGAGCAUGGGGUUCACCAUGGUGAGCAUCACGGAGGAGAACACCAUCAUGUGAAAGAGCAUCAUCACGGAGACGCCCAUCAUGGCGAGCACCAAGCAACUCAUGGACAUCAUCAUGAGCACGGCGCUCACCACGGGCAUCACGGCGCGCACAAGGAUGGGACCCACGGAGCUCAUCACAAGCAUGGACAUCACGCAGAGCACGGAGCUCAUCAUGGAGGACACCACGAGCAUCAUGAAGCCGCUCAUCACGGACAUCAUGGAGAACACGGAGCUCACCACGCUCCACACCAUGAGCACGGGACCCACCACGAGCAUGGAGCUCAUCACGGAGCCCACCACGAGCAUGGAGCUCAUCACGGAGCCCACCACGAGCAUGGAGCUCAUCAUGGAGCCCACCACGAGCAUGGAGCUCAUCACGGAGCCCACCACGAGCAUGGAGCUCAUCACGGAAUCCACCACGAGCAUGGAGCUCAUCACGGAGUCCACCACCAGCAUGGAGCUCAUCACGGAGUCCAUGGAGAGCAUCAUCACCACGAGAAGGAGAACCACCAAUCGAAGAAGUCGCACUCCAAGAAGCACUCGAAGAAGUCGCACAAGAAAAGCCACCGUCGCCACUAGACGAGCCGUCCGGGACCUGCUCGUCACUUCCCUAAUCGCCUCUUUGUAUCAUUUGUAUUUUGAGUCCUACUUAUAA